UGACGUGGCGUCUCCACAACCAUGCUCCUUCAUGAAAAAUGAACCAAAACCCAUUUAUGGCGGGAAACCUGUUAACUGUUUAAUUAAAAUUCCUUUUCGUUCUUCUAUCAUCAUCUGAAACGAAAUUUAGCCUCAAAUUAAUGUUACAAUACAUGUAACAUAACUAUAAUUUCGAAUUCCUAAGAGUAGACGCGUGCACACUAAUUAUUUAUAUGCUGAAUUUGUCUCAUUGUUUUUGCCAUCUGUCUCUAAAAUCAACUAGCACCUGCUGUGUAUACAAAUCAAUGGCUUCCAGGUCGAAUUCUUUGAUGUGGUUUAGAAAGGGUUUAAGAAUCCAUGAUAAUCCAGCUUUAGAGUAUGCAGCUAAUGGGUCUAGGUUUUUAUACCCGGUUUUCGUGAUUGAUCCACACUACAUGGAGCCUGACCCGACUGCAUCCUCACCUGGUUCGGCUAAAGCCGGGUUGAACCGGAUACAGUUCUUGCUUGAAAGCCUUGUUGAUCUGGACUUGAGUUUAAAGAAAGUUGGUUCACGUUUGUUGGUGCUUAAGGGUGACCCUGGUGAAGUCUUGAUUCACUGCUUGAAGGAGUGGAGCAUAGGGAAGCUUUGCUUUGAGUACGACACAGAGCCCUACUAUCAAGCUUUAGAUGAAAAAGUCAAGAGCUAUGCUUCUGCAGCUGGUAUAGAGAUUUUCUCUCCUGUGAGUCAUACCCUCUACAAUCCUGCCGAUAUAAUACAAAAGAAUGGGGGAUCCCCACCUCUGAGUUAUCAGUCUUUUCUUAAACUGGCUGGGCAACCAUCUUGGGCAUCCACCCCUCUUUCAACAACAAUAUCUUCACUUCCUCCUAUUGGAAAUACUGGAAGUUUUGCAGUCUCAGUAGUUCCAACUGUCAGAGAACUUGGUUAUGAAGAUUUAAGAGAGGACGAAAGGACUCCUUUUAAAGGUGGAGAAUCAGAAGCACUGAAGAGACUGAGAGAAUCAAUUGCUAAUAAGGAAUGGGUGGCGAAUUUUGAGAAACCCAAGGGUGAUCCAUCUGCAUUUCUGAAACCAGCAACAACUGUUUUAUCACCCUACCUAAAGUUUGGUUGUCUCUCUUCCAGGUAUUUCUACCAGUGCAUUCAGGACAUUCAGAAAAGCAUUAAAAAGCAUACAUCUCCACCUGUUUCUCUUCUUGGACAGUUGUUAUGGCGUGAUUUUUUCUACACAGUUGCCUUUGGGACUCCUAAUUUUGAUCAGAUGAAGGGUAACAGAAUAUGCAAACAGAUUCCUUGGAAGAACGAUGAUGAAUUGCUUGCUGCUUGGAGAGAUUCCAGAACAGGCUUUCCUUGGAUUGAUGCCAUAAUGGCCCAGCUUCGAAAGUGGGGUUGGAUGCACCAUCUUGCCCGACACAGUGUUGCAUGCUUUUUAACUCGUGGGGAUCUGUUUGUGCAUUGGGAGAAAGGCCGUGAUGUUUUUGAAAGACUGCUUAUUGACUCUGAUUGGUCAAUCAAUAAUGGAAACUGGAUGUGGCUAUCAUGCUCAUCAUUUUUCUACCAGUAUAAUCGGAUCUAUUCACCAAUCUCAUUUGGAAAGAAGUAUGAUCCUGCGGGAAACUAUAUCAGGCAUUUUCUCCCUGUUUUAAAAGAUAUGCCAAAGGAGUACAUAUAUGAGCCUUGGACCGCUCCCAUAAGUGUCCAACGUAAAGCAAAAUGCAUCAUUGGCUUAGAUUAUCCCAAACCAGUUGUUUCCCAUGAUUCUGCAAGCAAAGAAUGUCGCAUGAGACUUGGUGAAGCAUAUGCAUUGAACAAAACGCUGAAUGGCUUGGUCAGUGAGGAAGACUUGAACGCGUCAAGAAGAAAAAGCGACAAUGAAUCUACAAUUCUGGAUUCCAUUUCGAAGAAGAAAAAGCAGAAGUUGAUUGGCUAAGAUUGCCCUAUUGAAGACACAGUCGGGUUUCUACAAGACUUGCGACUAGGUGUACCAGCAUUUAUAGGAGCUAGAAAAGAGAAUUCUCCUACAGUGUGUAGCCCAAUUGUACCUAAGGCACCACCAGUGGCACUACCUUUAAAAUGAUGCCACUGGUGGUGCCUUAGGUACCUUAAUUCCAAGAGUGUUCAAAUGCAGGAUUCUUUUGUAUCAUGUCAGUGUGUCAGGAUUUAGGAGAUGAGUUAACUAUUGAGAAAGAGUUUGUGUUUUUAGCAAAAUAGAGGCACAUAUCUGGUACAUUUGAUAUUUAGAGAACAAAAGAUGGUGUCCCUUAUCAAUUUGCUGAAUGAAUGUCUCUCAGAUUUGAGAGUUUUACCAUUAAAUAGAAAGAA